AUGGCAUGCUCAAUGUGGCCUGUUGAAGCUGAGGACGUGGACUUGCUCCUCAGGCUCAAGGUUGGAGCUUCGUCGCUGCGGCAAGCAAAGAUAACGGCAGACGCAGCGAGAAGGAAGUUGACAAUGAAGACUUCAGCGGCCGACGAUGAUGAUGAAGGGGAAGAUUAUGGACUCCCGGACUUUCAUACUCGGUUUAUCAACGAUGAAGAUCUCUGCCAGUUUGGAAAAGCACUCAACGCUCCCGAAGCCCUGUCUCUUGUUGCACUCAAUGAUUGGAGGCCUAUCCAUCAGCGACAGUGGAAAAAAGCAGCAAAAUCCCUGGAUGAAUUUCUGGGAAAUGACAAAUGGAAAGAAGCCGACGAAUAUGCAUAUUACAAUAGCACUACCGUUAGUACGGUACUCAGAGACCAAGUUGAACGAGGUGGGACCGAUGAUUUAGUUCAAGCGUUUUCAGAUGAAGCGCACGCUUCGCUAAAGUUGGUUCUUGAGAGCCAGGAGCUGUCUGAUGAGAGGAAACGGAGCCUUUUUCGGCAUUUGGAUUUGAAUUUCGGUCGCGCGGUUCUGUGCUUGUCAGGGGGUGCUACUUUUGCAUAUUACCAUUUUGGAGUCAUUAAAGCUCUGCUUGAUAAUGGCGUGCUCCCCGAUAUUAUUUCAGGGACAUCAGGCGGUGCUCUGGUCGCAGGCCUAGUUGCGACGAGGACUGACGAAGAACUCAAGAAGCUUUUGGUACCCGAGCUGGCACAUAAAAUCACAGCGUGCCAGGAUGGGAUGUCGACUUGGCUAGCCCGGUGGUGGCGGACCGGUGCACGGUUUGAUGUGAUGGAGUGGGCCGAGCAGUGCAGUUGGUUUUGCCGGGGCUCUACCACCUUUCGUGAAGCAUACGAAAGGACCGGCCGCAUUCUUAAUGUUUCAUGCGUGCCCUCUGAUCCGCAUUCGCCCACUAUUCUGGCGAAUUACCUCACCUCACCAAAUUGCGUUAUCUGGAGUGCAGUCCUUGCGUCCGCGGCGGUCCCUGGGAUUUUGAAUCCAGUUGUCCUCAUGAUGAAAAAGCCUGAUGGGACACUUAGCCCAUACUCAUUUGGGCAUAAAUGGAAGGAUGGGAGCCUUCGGACAGAUAUUCCUUUGAAAGCUCUGGAUGUCAAUCCUCACAUUAGCCUUUUCUUCUUUAGCUCUCGGGGCUCAGUGGGUCGACCCGUCACCCACCGAAGAGGACGAGGUUGGCGGGGUGGUUUCCUGGGUUCCGCUUUGGAACAGUACAUCAAGCUGGACCUCAAUAAAUGGCUUAAGGUCUUACGCCACCUUGAACUCCUUCCCCGUCCCUUGGGUCAAGACUGGAGCGAGAUCUGGCUCCAGCGAUUCAGCGGCACGGUCACCAUUUGGCCAAAAUCGGUCAUCUGGGAUUUAUACUACAUUCUGUCAGACCCAAGCCCACAACGUUUGGCGCGCAUGCUGCACGAAGGCCAACAGAGCACCUUUCCCAAAAUUAAAUUCAUCGCAAACCGAAUGAAAAUAGAGAAAGUUAUAGCGGAGGGCCUGGCAAGAGAUCCGGACUGGGCAGGUGGCGUGGGGCCUAAAGCCGUGCCCGCCCGGUCACGCCCCGAUCAACUGUUCUCGGAUGAGGAAGAUGCCCAGCAACGGACAGUUGAUCUCUUGACUGAUUCUGCGAACCAGCCUAGCGAUACAGAUAGUCGGAAGCAGGACUCGAGCUUCAAGGGAUUACGAAGACCUCCGGUUCCGAAACGACGGAGUAGCGUGAUGGAAGAACUUCGACGGCAAUCUGCGGUGUUUUUUGAUGAUACUGAUGAUACCUUCCCGAGCGAGGACGAGAGAUGUCGAUAUCAAGGCCAGUCAAGCGGUACCAAAGUUGGAUAA